CUUAAAAAUCCUACCUGCGCGGAGUGUGGAUGGAUAUGCCGCCAAUGUUCCCAAGCAAAGCAUCAAAAACUCCAAGCAGCGACAAAGUCCAAGGGGGAGCGAUGGGUCUGCUCUCGUGGUGGAAAGGGAAUGAGUCUACACCCCUAACCAAGACCAGCCCGGAUCCGAAACCGGCCGAACCUGCUCCCGGCAUGAACGGCGCCGUUGAGGUGCCUCGACCCCCCGCCGCCGCCAACAUCACCGUCUUCGAGUUCGGAUCAGUCGCGGCUUCAGCCGAUAAGGUCACUCUCGCCGGGUACUGUCCGGUCUCCGAAGACCUGGAGCCCUGCCGCUGGGAGAUCCUCCCCGCUAGUGGCUCCGACGCGCCCCAGUUUCGAGUGGUCUUCUAAGCACUCACCCCUGUGUCUGUGUGUGUGUGAGCAGUUAAUCAUUGUAUGUUCAGACUCAGUAGUGUAAUUUCCAGCUAUGAAUGAUAUGAUGAGAAUUUCAGUUGA